GGGAGAUGAGCAGGAGCGAUCGUGCGGGCAGGGAGGCGAGUCGAGCAGCGUCGUUUGCGCAGGAGCGGGAGCUUCGUCUUUCCCUGUAGAGCGAGCUCGAGCAGAGAAGCCUCGGGUUGGCGAGCGAAGGAAGAUGAGUCGGGGCUUCGGAGAGGCAGAGGAAGAAGGGGCGUACGGGAUCGAGCAGAUCUGCGGCUUCGAUGCAAGAGACCGGAUAUUCGACCUUCGACGCAGGGAAGAGGCGAGUGCAGGAAUCGGGAUCGAGGGAGUCGGGAUCGGUAGAGAAAGACCGCGGAAGUGAGAGGCGAGUGGCUUCGUCCGUACAGCAGCAGAGGAAGGAGCAGAGGAGCGGGGAUCAGAUGUUCGAGCGAGGGUUUCGGGAGCUUCGAUUGGUGGAGGAGGCGAACGAGCUCGAGAAGGGUGCGUGAGGCCGAGAGGGGGAGAAGGCGAACGGGAGAGCCGAAUCCCCAAGGAGGAGCCCGAGCGGGAUUUCUAUCCCUCGAAUUCCAAAUAACCGUUGAGCUUGCGUUGGGCGGGGAAUUAAUUAAUUUCCAAAUUCAGGGAGGAUUAAAUGGAAAUAAUUAACUCCUGAAUUAAUUUUAAUUAAGGCAGAAUUUAAAUAAUUUCUUUAAAUUUUGAAAUUUGAAUUUCAAAUUCAGGUGAGCUGGUGCCUAGCCCGUGCUCAGCCCGAGUCCAGCCUGAAUCGAACCCGAGUCAAACCUGGGUUGAGUCCGGGCCCGCAUCCCGCUAAAGGAGAAAAAUGCAUCGAUUUCCGUGCAAACUGUGCGUGCGUGUAACCCUGACAAUAUGGGUGUCCUUCCUAGCUAAAUUCAACAUCCUGGACGCAUCGGUGCGGUCUGUUUCGUCAUCCGGGGUCAUCCGGACGAGUUCGCCGACGGGUGAGUCGAUUCAAGUCAAAAUCGUGUGUAGUGCAGUGAUUGCGUGAAAAGCGGCGUUCGCGAGUAAUCGAGUCACAAAGGGUUCACCUAAGGCUGUUGAUCCUAUAGGAACUCAAUUUCGGGCCCU